AUGCGCAGGACAAUCAGCAACUAUAAAGAUGCUUUCAACCCGUUUGUGAUCGGCGAACGACAUGACAAUCAGCAAUUACAAGUAACUGCUUCCAACCUGCCGCUUUCGAGUUUCGCGUUACCGGAGAGUCACCUUCGAUUCCAGAUCUCGAUCGCAGGUGGUUUGCCUCCUGAAAUCAGAAACUUGAGUAAUCUGGUGAGUCUUUAUCUGUUUGGCAACAUGAUCAUAGGUGAAAUCCCAGCUGAAAUCGGAAAGUUACAGAAGCUGAGCGUGCUGUAUCUAUACGAGAAUCAGAUGUCCGAAAACAUUCCAACCGAGUUAACAAAAUGUUCAAGCUUAAGCGAGAUCGAUUUUUUCGGGAAUCAUAUUACAUGA